AUGGUGCCGUACAUGCUGUUGCUGCCGCAGCUCGCCAUCGUGACGAUCUUCUUCCUCUGGCCGGCUGCGGAAGCCAUACAGUCAUCCUUCUAUCUGGAGGACCCGUUCGGCUUCGGUUCGACCUUUGUCGGACUGGACAAUUUCACCGACAUGCUGACCUCGACCGACUAUGGCCGGGUGGCGCGUUUCACGGCUGUCUUCACUUUUUUCGUGACCUUCCUGUCACUCGGCUUUGCCUUGCUGCUGGCGGUCAAGGCGGACAAGGUCCUGCGCGGCGCGUCGACAUACACGACGCUGCUGAUGUGGGUCUAUGCGGUUGCGCCUCCGGUUGCCGGCCUGAUCGGGGUUUUGCUGUUUGACCAGCAUGUGGGCCCGAUGGUCGAUCUCUUCGCCAUGUUCGGCUGGAAAAUGCAGAUCGGUGUGAAUUAUUUCGACACCAGUUUCGCGAUGAUCGUGACCGCGGUCUGGAAGCAGAUUCCGGUCAACUUCAUCUUUUUCCUGUCAGGCCUGCAGGGCAUUUCCAAGUCGGUUCAGGAAGCAGCGAGCAUCGACUGCCGUUCCGGUUUCCGCCGGUUCUGGACAGUGACCUUUCCUCUGCUUGCGCCGACCGGCUUCUUCCUGCUGAUCAUCAACAUCACAUACGCCUUCUUCGAUACGUUCGGCAUCGUCGAUGUCAUCGUGAAGAACGAGCCGGGCAACAACCCGGUCACACUGGUCUACAAGGUCUAUCUGGAUGGUUUCCGGGGCAAUGACCUUGGCGGGUCUUCCGCACAGUCCGUCAUCCUGAUGGCGCUGGUGUUCAUCCUCACAAUCAUUCAGUUCCGCCUCAUCGAGCGGCGCGUGCACUACACGUAG